GAAAUAACCAUUUCGUAUCUUAUACAAAAAUGGCCAUUGCUUUUGUGAUAGCGUUGUGUGGAUGGAAACACCGUCGACAGUCUUACGACUUUGUCAAACAGCGAACAACGCAAACCUCUUUUUGUCAGUUUUACUACAAGAAGUAUCAUACUGUGUAUUCUCAAUUAGAUAUUCAACGAGAGUUUUCUUACUUGAGAGAACGAGUCGAUGAUGUUUUCAAGUCGAUAGCUAUGGACCGACUGAGGAAAGAGAUAGAAUUACUUCAACUGGAAACCAACGAUGCCAGCUUCUGGGAGAACAAGACGCAAGCGGAAAAAGUCUUGAAGGAUUUGUCUUCCAAACGCUAUAAACUAGAAAAAUUCAGCAGUUGGGAACAGCGUUUGCAGGAUUUGCAAGCCUAUUUACAGUUGCAGUCCACUGAAGGAGAACCUGAUAGUUCUUUACUGGAAGAAGCCACUCAACAUAUUGUACAACUGAAAAAAGAGUUGAACCGCUGGGAGACGCAACACUUGUUUUCCGGUAGAUAUGAUGUCAAUGCAGCAAUGUUAACUAUUACAGCUGGUGCAGGUGGAACAGAUGCUCAAGAUUGGGCUUCUUUACUGCUCCGAAUGUAUACGAGAUGGUGUGAAAGACAAGAUUUUUCGUUUACUGUAGUGGAUAUCGCAGAUGGAGAAGAAGCAGGAGUAAAGUCUGCUUAUCUACAGAUACAGAAUGAAUAUGCUUAUGGCUAUCUUCAAGGAGAAAAAGGUGCUCAUCGAUUGGUUCGUCUCUCACCUUUUAAUGCGAACAACAAACGACAAACAAGUUUUGCUGGUGUGGACGUUAUACCUUUGUUACAAGAAGAAGAAUUGGAAACACUUAUUAUUCCACCUGAAGACUUGGUAGUAACAACAAUGCGUGCUGGUGGUAAAGGUGGACAAAAUGUGAACAAAGUAGAAACAGCUGUUCGUAUACAUCAUAUUCCAUCAGGUAUCCAAGUAAGAAGUGCAAAAGAAAGAAGUCAAUACCAAAACAAACAAAUUGCCAUGCAACUGUUACGUUCCAAAUUGUUAUUACUUGAAAAGGAGCGAAUGGAAAGAGUUCGAAAUGAAGUAAGAGGAGAUGUGGUAGAAGCUGAAUGGGGCAACCAGAUAAGAAACUAUGUUUUUCAUCCUUACAAAGUUGUCAAGGACCUUCGAACCAAUGUAGAAAAGGGAGAUGUGGAGUCUGUAUUGGAUGGAGACUUGGAUGACUUUAUUCAUGCCUUUCUACGAUGGAAUGCAUCUAAGAGACAACAACAGAGUACAUAAGAAUGAUGUUUAUAAAGGUAGGGAAU